GUGGGGAAGAGCGGUGCAGUCGUCGGUUUAUCCAGCUUUCCACGAGGGAUCACAGCCUGAAGGGAGCAGCGCAGCAAAUUGUCAAGAUGGAUGACGGAAAGGAAAUGAAUGCUUCUGAAGCAAUAGUAUUAAAAGUUGAAGAUGUAAUGGGAAGUCACAUUGAAGACCCAGUUACCUUUUGGGGUCAGACUAUUGAAUUAAUUGAAGACCUCCUUAAGCUAUCUACUGCUUUGACAGAAAUUUGCCCGUUCGCUGCCAAAGUAUUUGGAGAUCCUGCUCCUGAAAAGAUUUAUGGUGGAUUAUAUUCUGAAGACCAGUGUUGGUAUAGAUGCAAGCUGAAAAAAAUGAUGACUAAUGAAAAGUGUCUGAUGACUUAUGUCGAUUAUGGAAAUUCUGAGACUUUAAAAAAGUCAUGUAUUGUUGAACUUCCAGAAGACUUGCAGUAUCCUGGAUUGGCCAGCAGGUUCAGACUUUGGGGUCUUCAGAUUCCACCUAAUCAAGAUGUAACACCAUUUGACCAGGGAAGAAGAUUUCUGGCCAGUUUGAUAAAUGACAAAAUAAUCCGGGUCAGCCACAGAGAUACAGCUCAGGAUGGAGCCUUUCUUGUUAAUGCACAAAGUGAUGCUCUAGAUGUUGGUCAAGAAGUUAUUGAAAAGGGGUUUGCUGAAAAAUGCAAGGUUGCUUCUAUCCUCAACUAUGAAGGAAUAAAGAGUAAUUCUGCCCCACUGAUUUCUGGUUGGAAUGCAGAGGGGUUUCAGGGACUCAACUGUGGUUCACAGAGAGUGAAGAGUUUGCUGGAUUCAACAAAUGAUCAGCUGGGAAAUGGCACAAAGGGACGAGUUGACGCUGUAGAACAUAAAAAUAGACAUCUAAAGAUGGAUCAGGAAAAUUCCCUUUUACGUGCAUUGGAGAGAAAAACAACAAUUCAAUGUCGUUCAGGACAAAAGCUCAACAUGAUCAAGAUGCAGCAUGAUCAAAGAUUGCUAGAAGAUCAAAAUGAAAAGUUGAGAGCAAAAAAUAACAAAUAUCUCCAAAAUUGCCAUUUACUGGAAAGGCAGCUUAAGCAGCAGCAACUUGAAGUGAAGAAAAUGGAAGAAGAAUUAAAACAACAUCAAGAAGCAGAAUUGAAAUUAGCAGAUGAGCUAAAACAUGCUGUUGAAAUGAAGCUCAAAUGUUUGACGAGCAAGGUUGAAAAACUCAGAGAGGUUAGGAGUGAGUUCAAUGAGAAUCAUUUUGGAGAUGACCUAUCUCAAGCAGUGAAAGUAAUCACUGAGGGAUGUCUUUGCACUGUACACUCAAUGAAGGAUCUAGAAAGUGCUUGGAAUGAAUAUAACUCUGCUCAGGAAACACUUCAAACAUGCAAGUCAGUGGAUGAUGUGCGCAGCCUAAUGGACAAGCGAAAUGAAAUGCGCAGCACACUUUAUGCUGCAGCAGAGGAGUUUAUCUCUGAAGUAGACAAGUUGCCUAUUGAGGAUCGUAUGAAUGUUCUAAAGUUUUUAGCUUGUUCACUGGAUGCUGUAUAUGGCCCUUAUGAAGUGGAGCACAACUCAAAUGAAGCGUUUGAUCAGUUUUUUGAAUGGAGGAAUAGUAAACUACAGGAGUUCAAUAAUAUUAAGCAUAGGACGGAGAGUUCUCUGCAACUGUUGUCUGAGUGGUUUAGUAAAACCAUGAAGUUUUUUGACCUGAACUCUAGUGCUUCAUUGUCCUCAAUGGAGGUAAUUGGAGGUGUUGAUGUUUUACUGAAUCAAGCUGAACAUGAUGUUUGCAAAGAACUUGAAAUUUCAACCACACAAAAAGAUGAAGCUGAUAUGAAGAUAAUCCAUAGUGCUUUUAUUAAACUGAUGAAGAAGAUCAAUGAGGAGCAGGACUUCCUUCUGGUUGUACAAAAUAAAUAUGCAGCCAGUGUUCAGUUUAAGGAGCAAGUUGGACAGUGGCUUAAUACUUAUCCCAAUGUUGGAGAUCUGUUGUCAAUCAAAAGAUCAGUGAAGAGUCUUAAAGCUCAAUUGAGGUGGAAACUUGUUGAAAAGAACAAUCUAGAAGAUUUGGGCAGUUAUGAUGAAGUAAAGAUGCAGGGGAUGAAGGAAGAAAUACGCAGACUUAGAGAUAACAUCUAUGAAGAGAUCUGCUGUGAGCAAAGAGAAUAUGAAAAACUUGACAAUGUAGUUCGGAAUUGGUUUCCUGAACUUCCUGUCCUCCAUCCUGAAGCAGCAAUCAAGACUUACAUGCAAUCUGCUGGACUAUUCACUGACAGCCUAGAGCGUGAUUUGUUUGAUCCAGAACCCAUGAGAGAACUGAGCAGCAAGCGACCAUUGGUGUGCUCUGAAAUUAAAUCCCAGAGAAUCCUCUUGAAGGGCUAUUCUGUAGAUACUGCCACAGAAGCCAAAAUGAUAGAAAGAGCUGCAAAAUAUCACCAAGCUUGGUCUGUGUUGAAAGAAGAAUCUGGGCUUCUACCUAUUCUGUACUUGUUUGCUUGCAAGUCUGAACCAGUGACAUACGUUAUGGUGCCAUUUUAUCCAGGAUGCUGUUUGAAAACUUUGCAGGCCACCAACCCUCUAAUCUCAGUCGAGGUUACUAACGUAAUGAAAGGUGUGGCAGUUGGCCUACAGACACUUCACAACUCAAACAUUGUUCAUGGCGCACUCCAUGCUCACAAUGUGUUUGCUGUAAACCGUGAACGUGGAAUUGUUGGAGACUUUGAUUUUACCAAGACUGCUGAUCAACGUAAUAUUGCUAGCUGGAUGGUAGCUGAUAAAUUAGAUCUUGUAGCCCCAGAAGUAAGAAACGGCCAAUCUGCUGUGCCUGCAACUGAUGUUUUUGCUUAUGGCUGCCUGCUUUUGUGGCUGAAAUUCCCCAAGAAUGACUUCACAAUAAACCCUGAUGGAACUCCAGAUGUUAGUGAGCUAAGUAUGGAUCCAAAACUGCUGAGCCUGGUGUCGAGGUUGAUUUGUUUCAAGCCUAAUGACAGGUUGAGAAUUGACCAGAUGUUAAAGGAAGAUUGCUGUUUGGAGAUUAAAACUCCUGACCCUAUUCAUGAAGAAACCAAAGCUUCUGCAUCUGAUGAAACCAUUGUGACCAAUGUAUUUGCAGAUGAAACCAAAUCAGAAUUGUUGAGUGAAUAUUCAACAUAACACCUUUCUCAAAUUUAUGCUUUCCAGCUUAUUUUCAUUAAUUGUGUCAAAUAUGUUUUGCAUUAAUGUUUCUGAUAAUUUCAUUAGGGCAUGAGGCUGCCUCUCAAUGCUUAGUACAACUUUGGGAAAGUGUUCCCAUGAAUAACAGUAGGUGGGGUAGAGUUCUUUUCAUUUUUAAUUGUUUUUAAAUUUCUCCUGAGGUUACUAUUUAAUUUGAGAAAACUCUAGUUUUUUUUUUGCAAAAAGAUACUGGAAAAUGACCAGCCCAAUCUGUUUAUUAUUGGUGCCAUUUUUUCAUUCAGAAUACCCAGUUAUUUUUAAAGGAAACAAGGGGACAAGUUGAAGUACUCCUGGUGUGCUCUCUUCAAUGAUUAGAUGAAAGUACUUGCUGAUGACUUCUGUACAUAGGCAAGCUGCCUAUGGUGUUUCGGCCAGGGCCAAAACUUUUUAAUGCAGAGGUUAACAAGUGGUGCAUGCUUGUGCCACUAAUGAGAGACCUGUAUUGUGUAUUGGCUUAAUGUGUACUUUGUGGGGAGGGGGGUGGUCGGGGGUGGGAAUGUAAGUGGCCUUCAAAUAAUUGUGAA